GGGUAAACAAAGGAAAUAGAGAGAAGUUUGCAUGUGAGAAGUAAAGAGAAUGUGGAACGAUGACGCUUGGCACGAGGGAGCAACCACUUAUUACCAAAUGUUAUUCUUCAAUUCACCGGCUUUAAACCCUCUUGAUAUGCUGCAAAAACCGAAAGAAUAAAAGUGAAUUAAUUAUAAAAAAAAACUUCUUUGCUUUGAUUCUUUGUCUUCUUCUUCAGUCUUUAUCAUCUUCUUCUAAGAAAAGAUAAUUAAGACAGAGAGAAAUGGGAGAUGCAAAUGUUGAUGGGAAGUGUAAAAUGAUGUCUGCAUGUUCCUCAGCAAAACUCUUUCUCUUCAUGGUUCCUCUUGUUGUCGUCUCUGGUUUCCUCUUUGUAAAUCCAACAUCUUUCUUGACAUCUUUGUCCACUAAUCAAAUAUCUCCUCCUCUUCCUUCUUAUCCAUCUCUGCCUCCGGCGGCACCAUCUCCGUCGCCACCAACAUCAUCUUUAUCAACUAACGCGGAAUCUAUUCAGGGUAACUACAAUCGGACAAUUCAAUUGAACCCUACCAACAUUGCUUCAACGAGUAGUAACGUCACCUCUACGGCAUCAUUGAAACUAAUGAAGAAAAGAGUUAUCAGCAAUUUAGAGAAAAUUGAAUUCGAACUACAGAAGGCUCGAGUCGCCAUUAAAGCCGCUUCGAUGAACGAUCCCCUGGACGACCCGGAUUAUGCACCUCUUGGCCCGAUGUAUUGGAAUGCCAAGGCCUUUCAUCGGAGCUACUUGGAAAUGGAGAAACAGUUCAAAAUAUUUGUUUACAAAGAAGGUGAGCCACCGUUGUUCCACGAUGGUCCAUGCAAAAGCAUAUACUCUAUGGAAGGAAACUUCAUCUACGAGAUGGAAACAAAUACACGUUUCCGUACCAAUAAUCCAGAAAAGGCCCACGCCUUUUAUUUACCUCUCAGUGUUGUCAAGAUGGUAAGAUAUGUGUAUGAACGCGACUCUCACGAUUUCAGCCCCAUUCGAAAAACCGUCAGGGACUACAUUGAUCUUGUGGGCGAUAAGUACCCGUAUUGGAACCGUAGCAUCGGAGCUGACCAUUUCAUACUGUCUUGCCAUGACUGGGGUCCUGAGGCAAGCUUUUCUCAUCCACAUCUAGGACAAAACUCUAUACGAGCUCUAUGCAAUGCCAACACGUCGGAGAGAUUCAAACCGAGAAAAGAUGUCUCCAUACCUGAGAUCAACCUACUAACAGGUUCCUUAAAAGGACUAGUCGGUGGCCCAUCACCUUCCAGCCGUCCGAUCCUUGCCUUCUUCGCAGGAGGUGUACACGGACCGGUAAGGCCGGUCUUGCUCCAACAUUGGGAGAACAAAGAUAGUGACAUUAGAGUACACAAAUAUCUACCUAAAGGAACGUCUUAUUCGGACAUGAUGCGGAACAGUAAGUUCUGCAUAUGUCCGAGUGGUUACGAGGUUGCUAGCCCUAGGAUCGUCGAGGCGCUUUACUCGGGGUGUGUUCCGGUUUUGAUAAACUCAGGUUACGUUCCUCCUUUCAGCGAUGUGUUGAAUUGGGCAUCGUUUUCGGUUAUUGUUUCCGUGGAGGACAUACCAAAUUUGAAAACGAUCUUGACGUCGAUAUCUCCUAGACAGUAUCUAAGGAUGUACCGGAGAGUGUUAAAGGUUAGGCGGCACUUUGAGGUGAACUCUCCGGCUAAGAGGUUUGAUGUGUUUCAUAUGAUUCUUCAUUCUAUUUGGGUAAGGAGGUUGAAUGUGAGGAUCCGUGAGGUUUAAGUUUACGGGUGGGCUUGUAGAUUUUUGUUUGUUUGGGGUGUGAAAUGAAAAUAAUCGAAAAUGUCAGGGAAAUUGUUCUUGUGUAAAUGUUUUCAUGUCAAAUAAGCUCAGUGUUUUUCUUCAUUAAUUUUGUAAUACAUAAAUACUGUUUUUUCUUAUUUAUUUAUUUAUUUAUUAUUUACAAAUAAUCAAGCGUCAAUAGGAAAAUUCGAAGAGAAAUCUAGCUGAAAAUUUGAUGUUUUAUUUGAGUGAAUUCUGUUUGUUAAUUAAUUACAUUGUGAUUUGACCAAAAAAAAAUUAAUUACAUUGUGCAUACAUUAAGUUUGGGCUCAGCUGAUCUAACCUUCAGAUGGGCCAGAACCAGCAGCACUAGGUCCAUGAAUAAUCAAUAGUGGCAGAUUCGUUAUUUCUGUAUUUACUUGAGAGCUUUAACGUCAUCAACGUAUUCGUGAACGAGGCCAGGUUUGAGCCUCGGGAGUGGGAAUCUUGACGACGACGGGGCAUCAGCAGAGAAACGAUUAUGACCAUAGUGAACAAUUUAAUUUUUAUCUAUCUCCUCUGCGUGUACUUCUAUAUUGUUUUGUCGGGUUCUUGAAAUUGGAACUUAUCUAAUAGUUGCGAAUUAUUUGUUAUGAUUUUAUAGGGAUUCACGCGUUGGGUCUAAUAUUUUGAUCAGUCUGAGACAAGAACUAGAUUAUAUUUGAUCCGACCUGAAGUACUUUGCUUUCUGUCCACAAACACAUGGCUCUCUAUGUCAAAUUAUUUUACUACAAUAAUUGAGGUUGUUUCAGACGUCAAAGGACAGAAUUUUAAAAAUUAACUCAUUUAAUUAAGUUUGAGCUUAAUUAUUCAAAAGCUCAAUUUUAGCUCAAAAUGGAUAUCAUAGAUGAUGAUAAAUAUAUAUAUUUUUAAAGAAGAUAUAGUGAAGAUCUUUGAUUCAUCUUCACAUAAAAAUCAGAGCAAUGAUCUUAUGCGGAGAAAAGUAAUCUCUGAUACCAAUAAGUUCAUUGUCUUGGGGUGCUUGAUGUUGACCAUCUUAAAUUAUACUAGCUUGUUUUGUUUAGACAUUCUUUUAAGAUUGUUGGUCUUGUGACCCAAGGCCACCGAUUUGCCCUAAGUACACUGAUCUUCUAUGAACCAAUUACAGAUCCCAAAUAUGGCUAGGUUUUAGGACACAAAAACAUUCCAUUCAUAUGAUAAAAUCGUACAAUGCGCAAAAGUCUGCCUUAGUCUAACAUUACUUAAAAUUUAAAACUCCAACAAAUCUUAAGCUUGACGUGAGUCUCUCUCGCUCUCCAAGAUCCGAAACACCUACCAUGGGUAAGGCUGUUGCGAUGAUAACGGGGGCCAACAAGUUGAAGCAACACACAUUGGAUUAUUGUAUUGAUCAGUACCGUAAAUUUGACUCCCUCCGGCUAUUUGAUUGUUGUUCAGAUUCAUUUGCCUCUUCAUCAAAUGGUCUUUUAGUAUUACACCUCUCAGAUUCAUCACCUGCGUCACAAAAUCAAAAACUAAAGGGCUAAAACAACAAAGGAUGAAUAAUUUAGAAAUCACAUUGGUGUAUCUCAACCGAAUAUCUGAUCAUUAUAAAAUAAGAAAUUUUGAAAAUGUAGUGAAGAAAAAAAAAGAACUCAAAAAGUAGAGAGAUAAAUGACGGUUUUAGUUUGAGAAACUUCAAAAAAAAAAAAAACUGGAGAUCUAACACUACUAAAAGCCCGAUAUACUGAACAGAGAGCUAUGACACGUAGGAUAGUUUAUUCGGGCCAAUCAGAAACAUGUCUUUUGCCACGUCAGACAGACCUUUCAUUAUUUUACGUGUUAUUGGGCUGUGUCAAUGAAAGCAUAAUCGGCCCGAUAACUCUGAGUUCCGCUAACCACGGCUGCAGCAAAGAACGGAGUUCGUCUCUUCUAUUCGUUGUGACGGCGAGGCUGUGACUUUUGCAAUUCUUCUUGCGAUCUGAAACAGUCAUUAAUGGCUUCAUGAUAAUCCAAUUGAUUCGUUUCUCCACGAUUCAUCUUUAAUACUUUGCUUAGAUCUGAAAGGUGGUGUGUAAACGAUAUAAAUAGAAGUGAGUAUUGAUCUUCUUGAACUCAUCCUCUCUUCGUAUCUCUUACAAUAUACUAAUUCACGGUGUUAAUGUAAUCCUAACGCCGUUGGUAACUGUUUCAAUCAUGUUGCUUCCUCUGGACCGAUGAUGAUCGCGAACCUGAAACGAGCUCUUCGGGUGUCGUGUUGACCUGUAGCGGAGCAGGAGCAGUAUGUAUCUCCGAGCAAGCCACACAGCAGGAGGAGGAGACAGUUCAAACAUGUCUUCUUCCAUGAUCAAGAGACUCCACCGUUGAUGCAACAGCAAAGCGGUUUGUUAGGAGAUGGAUUAUUAAGAACGACGUCAUACCAAAUACCAGGUUUAAACUGAUACAGAGCAUCAUGGAGAGUGCAUAAAGAAUAUUCAGAAUACGGAAAAAGAUCACAAGAGUAUGAAAAAGGCAAGAGAUUGUGUAUGAUAGAGUCUGGUGUACUCAGGUCGAAAUAUCUGGUACAUCAAGCAAGCUUGGGAAAGGUUAAUUGCUCGAGCCUCAGAAGAGUGUGAUGCCAUACGAGAGUCUCAUUUGUGCCUUUGUUAUCUGGAAUUGUACACAAACAGAAACAAACACACUUGAGAACAAGAAUCCUCAGCAAUUUGGAAGGGGCUCUUUACAAGGUUUUAACCUGGCCAAAAUUCAUUCCUUCGCUCUUGGAUGAGAUUAACUGGCAGAAGAGAAUAUGAUGGAAUCUGUAUAUAUUUCCGUCUGGCCAGUUUCGUCAAUAACCACACACAUUAUUCUUUGUCUUUAAAGUGUUACCAAUGCGAUGAUGACUUUUGGUAAGAUAUUUGAUGCAUCCUUCUAUCUUUUCUUUUUGUCAAUCUUAUGAAUAUGACAUUGUUUCUUAGUUUUGCAGAUUUAUAAAACUCUUAACACAUUGCUUUUA